ACCUUAAGAGCUCCUCACAUAUCUAUUGCAGCUACGUACGAUGAGGGUGGAGGAAGCACUUUGCAUGGUUGGUGGCGCAGGAGAGACCAGCUAUGCCACCAAUUCCAGGCUUCAAGAGAAGGCUAUACUGGAGACCAAGACCAUCAUAGAGGAGGCAAUUGGAGCGAUUUACAUAACCCUCCUUCCGGAGAGGAUGGUCGCGGCGGACUUGGGCUGCUCGUCAGGGCCGAACACGCUUCUGGUGGCGUCGGAAGUGAUCCAAGUGGUGGCCGAGCAGUGCAGGAGGACGGGCCGUCGCCCGCCCGACCUGCAGUUCUUCUUGAACGACCUGCCCGCGAACGAUUUUAACAAUAUUUUUCGAUCUCUGGAGCGGUUUGAAAAGAAAGUGGACGAGAAGAAAUUCCUUCCAUACUACAUUGUAGGACUGCCGGGCUCCUUCUACGGGAGACUUUUUCCGCCUCAAACCGUCCACUUCUUUCACUCUUCCUAUUGCCUCAUGUGGCUCCCACAGAUUCCUGAAGGGCUUGAGAGCAAAACAGGCGCUCUAUUAGACGAAGGAAACAUUUAUAUUGGAGAGACAAGUCCCCCUUGGGUGGUGAAUUUAUAUAAAGAAGAAUUCAAAGAUAGCUUCUCAAAUUUUCUCAAGUUUCGCCACGAAGAACUUCUUCCCGGAGGACAAAUGGUGUUAACAUUUCUGGGGAGUGAGAAGAACAUGUCACUAGGAGAUUUAAGAUAUCUUUGGGGAUUACUACAAGAAGCACUUCAUGACAUGGUCUUAGAGGGACUUGUGGAGAGGGAAAAACUGUGCUCCUUCAAAAUACCAAUGUAUGCACCUACCAUGGAGGAGGUUAAGGAUGUGAUUCAAAAGGGAGGGCUCUUCGACAUCGGUCGAGCGCAUUUUUUUGAGUCAAGUUGGGACCCGUUUGACGAUUCGAGCGACGAUUUCGUGCUCGACAAUCUCGGGAGCAGUGCAAAUGUGGCCAAGUGCAUAAGAGCAGUGGUAGAACCCAUAAUUUGCAGACAUUUUGGAGAGGGCAUAAUUGAUGAGCUGUUCUCAAGGUAUGCAAAAAAUGUUGCAAGGCACCUCUUGAAGGGAAAAGCAAAGCAUCUUGCGUUAGUCUUUGCCUUGAAGAGGAGAGGGUGAUGAUCAAGCAAUAGUCGUAGAUGAAUCUUUAUAAUGGAAUCUAUGUAUUUUCGUCAACACCAUAUAGUAUAUACAUAUGCGUGUGUGCGCCCUACAUAUAUGCGCGUGUUGUGUUUGUGUUAUUUCGAUGUAAUAAUAGCAAAAAACAACUUAUGACUUUGAAAUAAUAAGUAUAUAUAUAUUACACUUACUCAA